CCCGAGCAAAGUCUUGAGCGAGAAGCAGAGUGCCGCGGAAGCCUCCUCCUCCCCUUCCCCGUCUCCCCUCCUCCCUCUCCUUAAGCAGUAGCCCCCCGUCGAGUCGAGGCGAGCAGUCCGCAGCCGCCGCGCGCCCCCGCAUCCCCCAUUCCCCAGGAGCCACGCCGAGGGACGCCAGCUGCUGCUCGCCUGCUCAACACCAACCAAGCCAUGGUGGAAUCCAAUGGCCUGCGGGGCACCGCGCCUGCCGCCGCCGGGCUCUUCAGGGUGCCGGGCCUCUUCGUGAGGCUGGGCAGCAGCAAGGGAGCCGCGGCGGCGAGCAAUGCCGUGGACGCCGCCGACUCGGUGUGGAGCCCGACCUCCCCGCUGGACUUCAAGGGCCUCAGGUCCAGCCCGCCCAGGGUCGGCCUCGGCCUCGUCGACGCGCUCACCGCCGACGGGGGCUGCUCCGUCCAGCUGGGGUGCAGGAGCUCGUUCCUCGACUCCAUCAGGCCGUUCCUCGAGCUGGCGCUGCCCAAGGUGGUCUGCGGGAGCAAAGCUGCCUCGUCGGCCGGCGUCGCCGCCACGCUGGAUGAGGUGAACGACUACGCGGACUCCGAGGAGUACACUUGCGUCAUCUCGCGCGGGCCGAACCCGCGGACGACGCACAUCCUCGCCGGCGAGACGCUGGAGGUGCGCGGAAAGGGCGAAGCAGGCGGUGGUGGUCGCGGGAAGGCGAUUUUCAGCAUCGAGCCCUUGAGCGACCAGCAGACGUCGACGUCGUCGCCGGCGGCGGCACCGGCUAGUGCCGCGUCCGGCCGCUGCCGCUGCUGCAUGAAGAGGCUGCCGGAGGACAGGGACAUCUUCAUGUACCUGGGCAAGGCGUUCUGCAGCAACGAGUGCAGGAAAGAGUACAUCGAGGAGGAGAUCGAGGAGGCGGAGGAGCUCAUGAAUCUGGACUCUGCUCUGAAUCUUUGAUUCAAGAUUUUGUUAAGAUGCCGAGGCAAAGUAGUAGUAUAAAUAUUGCCCGCAAGCUUUCUGCCAUCUCUUUUUGCCUUUACUGCUAGGAUUAACUCCCCCCGGGGGGGGGGGGGGGGGGGUGUUGGGGCGGAGAGGAAGAAAAGGGAGGGAAGGAAGUGCCUCUCGUUCACGUUUUUCAGAAAUGGAGAGGUUUAGGCUCGGCCCUUUUGUGCAAUGGCCGAGCCAAUUUUCACGAUUUGUAAACUAGCUCCUUCGCCAUCAAUAUAUUACCCCAUUUUUACAAGGCCAGUUUGUGCCCGUCUUUAUUUUCAAAAAGAAAGUUUGCGCCCUUCAUUUUAUUCUCUCUUGGUCCCUUGUAUACGUGCUGGUGAUUUCUAUUAAUAUACUCCUGUCUUCAUCAUGGCAAA